CAAAUCUUUAUUUUUGGUGUGAAAGAGCUAACUUCCUCUUCCUAGAAAAAAAAAAUAAAAAAUAAAAGAAUGGAAAGGACAACGGCUAACUAAUUGAGCCAGCGCCAGUCGUCGAGAUUAGUCGCCGCCGCAGUGCCCGCUUGUGGUUUCAUACAUUUCACUGCGGUGGUAGGAGCACAUACAUGAUUAUGGUAGUAAGAAUGCUCAGCUUAUGUACAACAGUUCGAUUAGAAGCCACAGGUUUGAAUGAAGCCUCACAACCUCAUCCACGGCAGACAAACCCCACGCCUCGUCUUUCAUUUGCUAAGCCUUCUUGGGUUGUCCGUACCGAGUCAAAUGUUCAUAGAGAAGAAAAGAAAACGCCAGAUCCACCUUGUGUGGUCUGCAUGGGGAGUGGAAGGACUGGUUGCCACACUUGCCAGGGAAGAGACAUCUAAGCUGAGAGAAUCAUCCAUAGGCAGUUCCUCUCUCAGUUCUUUUCAUCUUACACAAGAAUAUUGUUAUAUGACAGGGAGGACGAACUGUACACACGUUGAAAUGCUCCCGAAGGGGGAGUGGCCAAAAUGGUGUAGGACUUGUGGCGGAAGUGGUCUUGACUACUGUCCUCGAUGCCUCGGUACGGGAGAGUAUAGGUACGUAAUGGGAUUUCAGUUCAUGAAGAGGGAUGUUAGCCACACCCAAGAUCGCAACAAACGUCGUAGUGUAGCAGAUUUCUAUGAAGAAUGAUCAAUAACAUUGAAGUGAAAAACUCAAAAUUAAUUAUUGUUAUUAUUAUUAUUUUUGCUGAAUAACCCAAAAUUACUUAGUUCCAUAAUCUUUAGCGAUAUUGGCCACAUUUUGUGUAUAGCUCAAUGUCUUGUAGAAAGAGCACUACCAUACUUACUUGUUAGAGAGAUAGAUUAGUGUUAAUCUUAGAUAGCUCAAAGGUAUUAUUUGUACUGUAUCUACUAUAUUUAUUUUAUUCAUUUAUUUGUGAUUUGUGCAUCUA